AGAGUAUUCGCAACACUCAAUGUUGCAGAUGAGAGUUCUGAGGAUGCUUCGCUCAGAGCCUGCGGCACGACAGCGGAUUGACUGGAAAGAAAUAAAAGGUGUUGAAGCACAUUUGCGACGGCAAGCGCGGUGGCGGAUAUUCUGGCUGCCGUAGUACAGCUAGCGGGUACCAUUCACGUGAGUUUUGGUGCGUGAGCAUGCUGCUCCAAUCUGGACGCAAUCGGCGCAGAGCGUGUCACGCAUUCGAGGCAGGAGAUGCAACAGCUCUGGCUCAAGACGAGCGAAAGUGGAGCUGACCCAACCAGGACCCACACCCAGCCAGGACUCACAUCCACCAAGGUCCCGUGGGGAUGGCAGGCUUGGUGGAUCCUCCCGCGAACCUGAAGGGACCCGACCUGAUUGAGAAGAACAAGUGGUUCAUUUACAUUUGCUGCGGAGGCUGCGGUUGGGGAGACUGGAAGGACCCCCUGUGCGGCUCCGACGUCGAGGACCUGACCCAGAAGGCGACGUGCAACACGACGUCGUUGAUGAACGACGACGGGCUCUGCGCGUGCUUGAACUUUCAGAUGAACCAGACGGCGCAGUGCCAGUGCCCACCCGUGGAUGGCGCGCCGAAGUGCGUCUGCUUCAACAUUCCCCUCGUGCCGGGAGGGGGCAUGAGCAAAAAGAAGGGGGACGUCGAGUACCAGGCGAUUUUCGGGGACACCUGGUGGUACACCUACAUCUUCUGCGGCGGUUACGGCUGCAACGGUCUGAAGGCUCUGGAUCGCCCGAUGAUUGCAGGAUACCAGAAGUUCUUGAUCGUCGAGGGGUCUAUGGGUUUGAACGAGAAGAACGAGUGGCCUGGAGCGGGCAACGGCAUGACGAAGUGCACGGCUGGCCUUUGCAGCGGCGACAACGUUUGCAUGCAGUCUGUGGAGACGUGCCUGUGUAUUUACACGCAGGUCAAGAUCCCGCCAGAGCAGGGCGCCAAGAAGUGUGUUUGCUGCGCGAAGGACAUCGUUCCUUGAGGCACGCGAGGAGGAGUCCCGGCUGGGCUCUUCGCGCACGCGUAAGUACUCACCGGGGUGGCAUGGUCGCGAUCUUCGUUUUGAAAUUUCAGUGCAAGUGAUCUCCAACGUUGGAGAGCCUCGCGUGUUUCGGCUGAUGCUGUGUUUUGCCACGGAUUUGUCGCCCUGCCCUUUUUGGUGUGCGACACCGCGGUGCGACCGAAACAUUGUGGUGGCUGUCUGCGAGGGCUACGGUGUCGCCUCUCAAGCUUGGGUUUGACGCCGACCCUUCUCCUUUGCAGCUCUUCUGCUCCCACCAGACAUCCCGAGGCUGGUCGAUCCGGCCUCGGGCGGACUGCCCGUGUGAUUGAGGCCAGCGGCUCGAGACGAGCACUCGUGUGUUGGGCUCUCUGCAAAACGCGCGCAUGUGUCCUGUCGGCCGAGGCGCCCCGAAUGGCAUGGCCGCUGGGCUCCUUUAGAGUGUCCGAGAGACAAUGGUACGAUCUGUGUGCUUCACGGGGGAGCAUGCUGCGAUCAGUAUCAGCAGCGGCGACGCAUCGCUUCGCCAGGGCUACCUCUGCAGCUUUGUAGCCCGUCCUUCCCCACCUCUGGCUUUCCGCCCGACCCCGCAGCAGUCGUGCCAACCUGGACGUCCCAGGACCGUGCAUCCUCACCCUGCGUCCGUGUCUUUGAUCUUGACUGCAAUGCCGCCACCCCUCUGAAGCAGAGGAGGCCAGCGGCUCUUGUCGCCACCGUGGGCUGGCGACUUCGGGCAGCCUGUCAUCCGCGGACGAUAUGUGUGCACAGUGCCGCCUUGGCGUCUCCCGAGGCGUUGUCGAUCUUCGGCCCAGGACUUGUACGGUGCAUCGUCUAUCGGCCCUUGGAGCCGAAAAACUGUGCACCGUACCGCGUUGGAACGAGGCCUGAACAGAGGUCAAACAUGGUACGGUGCAUAAGCGCCGUUCUCGUAU